AUGGUUAUCAAAAAGUGCCGUGGUUCUCUCGCACAGCAUCUGCGGAUGUCGUCCCCAUCUACGAUACCACCUCUUCCUGGUAUGCAAAACAAAAAACCGCUUGGACCAAACAGGGAAGCAGUGGAGAUGACCAGUGCGGAUAGAGACAGUGAGUCUGUGUCAUAUCCACAACGUGCAUUAUCAUUGGAGUUCGCAGGAGCAGAUAGCAAAGCCUCAUACUUCGAGUCUAACCCGAAGAUUGUUCUACCGGAUUCUGAUGCGCACCUCGAAGACUCAAUCCAGCUUCCGAUUGAGUUAUGGGAGAGAGUAAUUGAUCUUGUGGCGGAAGACCAGAAGGACAACUGGGAGGACAACCAUUGUCAAGCUGGUGCAUACGCAGCCCGGCUGCGAGAACUGGGGACGGUGUGUCGUGGCUGGUAUGCCCGAUGCCGCUUUCGCGCCCUGGAGAAGCUGGAUGUGAGCGACAUGGACAAAAAGCAGGUGUAUCGCCUCAUCAAUACUCUGAAAGAGCAUUCCGGGAAAUGCCGUAUCAUCCAGACAAUCUCAUUCGAUUUGUUCAAGAAGCCGAUUGGAAACUUUGGAUCGUUUGCUGUGUGUAUGGCACAGAGACUGCCUCAAGUCAAGCUGCUCAGACUCCUGGAGUGCGAAUGGAUCGUUGAGCAGCUGCACACGCAAGUAUUCCUUCAUGUGACUCUCGCAUUUGGAUCUAUCACUGCGCUCGAGCUAUUCUCGAUGACCUUCCCUUCUGCGGCUGUGUUCGGGCGGCUUAUCCGUGCACUCCCCCACCUCUCCUCCCUCGUAUGUAGGGGAAUACGUUUUGAAAAGCGUCGCGAUGUUGUGGGUCCUUUCCGAGUCCUGCAUCCCUUGAGACUCGACACCGUCGAUCUGUCUUACAGUGCUGAUGUUAUCGACUUCCUCGCGUCGAUCGGUGCACACAUCCGCCAUCUCUCCAGCCACGAUAGACACCUGAAGAAGUGGUCGGCGCUGUUCCCUGCCAAUUCUAAGUCGCUCUUGUCUCUGGACAUCUCGCUAGCGCGCUAUGAUGCUUUCUCUGAUGAUGGUACGUGA